AUGCUCAGAGAGGCAUAUUCAAACUGUGAUAUCCCAUUUGCUGAGAAACAUGUUUGGAUAUUAGAUCAAGCUAUGAUUGUAAGAUAUCUUGCUGAUGAGCAUUGGUGGAAAGGAGGAGAGGGUAUAGAGCCGGAGGAAAUUCAGUCAGAGGUUAUGAGAAUGGAUGCAGAGAUUGUGCUGGCACCAUUGACCCAGCCAAAGGAGUUGGUCAAACAGCAUGUCAAAGAUAUCACUGACAAGAGUGAUGAGGCAGAGGUUGAUCUUGAUGGAGUAGAUUUCAUGCAAUUAUCUACUAUCAUUCAAAUCAUUAGGACUAACUGUAUCCCCUUGGAUGUGGUCAACAACCAUAAGGAUAUGUUGUGUCCUCAUCCUGGCAAUCCAGUGAGCAUCAUCUCAGUUUUAGAUGAUAAGAAAGGUCAGCAAGCCAUUGUGAUAAUAUCUGGAACAGAGAAAUGUGAUGGUGUAAAUCAGCACAUUGUUAGUGAGCAGGAUAAAGUCAAGUUGUUUAUUGCAAAUUCUCCUGAUUCCACUAUCACCAUCAUGUCCUUCUUUUUCUCCUUCAUGCCUGCCCCCCAGUGGAGUUCUGAAGCUAAAUCCAAUAAGACCCCCACUGAAGAAGCUCACCAUGAGCAGGAGAAAGAAAAGCCAGAGAUCUACUCUGUCAUCAAAUUAUCCAGCAAUAAUGUGAAAUUCUCACAUUUCAAGGAUAAGCAACUACUGAACUCUUGGUCACUGGUCUAUCUUUCCAUCUUGGCAUCUGCAUGCACAACAAUCUAUGAACCCUCCAUCCUGAAAGCCUGA